UUCAUUCUCCAUUUCCCAACUUCCUGCUCCUGUACUUUUCCUCCCAUCUUUUCAUUUCUCACAAAGAAAAUGCAGUUCACUACCCACAGUAAACUCUUGCUUCACUAUUCCUAAACUAAAUUCUCAUUUUACCUUUCGUAAAAAUGGCGAGUUUACCUUCAUCAUCACGAGAUAAUCAACAUUCAAUGAUUAUACCACCUUCCACUGUUGUGGUGGCAAGAGGACCGGAUGCUAGUGGGUCUCGAAAUAUAGCACCUAACCCACUAGGUUUUAAUGUCUGCCCUUGGAAGGUGAUGUAUCCUCUUGGUCGAGUGCCUCUAGAGUACCCAGUGGGUGGCCUAGGACGUGGUUUUUCGCAAAAUGAAAAGUGGUUGCGAGAACUGUUGGUAUCAUAUGAUAUGCCUCAUCAUUGGAGCUAUGCCAUACCCAACAGAUUUGUUUCGGCUGUAAGUCACCCAUCAUCAUGGCGAUCACUUUUUCGUUCUUCUCUGGAGUACAAGUUUCGAUUGCCCUUGCCUACAUGGUUGUGUGUAGUAAUGCACCGUAGUAAGCUUUCAAUCGAUUCUGUUAGUCCUCGUUUUUGGACUUUCAUCGCUUGUUUUAUCCUGUCAUGUCGUCGAGUUGGGGUUCCACCAUCCCUUGAGUUGUUUUAUGCUUGUUUUUUCUUUCGUCACGAUCAAGUGGCUUGGGAACUGCACAAACGGAAGUCAGCCAAUAACCUUUGCACUUCGCUUAGCCAUCUGAAGGGAUCAUGGGAGACAGAAUUCUUUUAUUUUCUUGCUCCACCUAGUGAGUUUAUGUCCGGAGGUAUUGCGGUUCCAGCUAACUGGAGUGAAGGUGUUACAGGAGAAUUUCAGGAUCCCGUGAUUGAGGGAGAAAUUGCUUUACAACCUGAUCGGCUUCUCUAGAAGAAACCCAUUGAUAUAAGUACUCCUGGGGCUCGAGCAAGCUUGUUUCUUGCUAUUUAUGGUAAAAGUACGUAAUUUUUUACAAUACUUGCCUUUCAUGUGACCAAACUUUCUAACUGUAAUCCUUCCUUGUAGAUUACUCCCACUUUUAGAAGUGUAUGAAGAAUAGGGAAGUUCCAGCAGUGCCUCACUCGUACAUCGGGGUGUCAAUUCGUGAGAGAACAGAUAAUCCCCCGCGUGGACGGUCGAGAGUUCGUCAUGACCAGGCAAAAAGAACUCGUUCUUGGGUGAAAGGAUCAGGAGAUUCACCUACUAAGAAGGGUCGCUCUGAGGGGAGAGACAGAGGUGCCAAAGGAAAAAACCUAGUGGGCGGUAGGGGAACCCUGAAGCAUCAGGGGGAGUCUUCAACAGCCAGCAAAGGUGGAAUUUUGGCUGGUGGUGUCAUAACGUAUGACAGCUUGUGCGAUGCGAGGAAACACUACCCCGUCUUUGAAGAUGUAGCCACGGGAUCAACUUUUGCUUCUUCAGUUUCAGAGGUGCUUUUACGUUCUUCCUUUGUUUUUUGGUCUUCAACUUAUAUAUGAUAUAUUGAAGUUGCUAUUUUGCAAAUAGCUGGCGAGGUAUGUUGUUGCCAUGGAGUGUCGCCUAGCUAUGGCAAAGCUUCGGGUUACUGAGGCCUGAGAGGAGGCAGCUCGCUCUUUGGAAGAAAUGAGAAUUCAGAUGAAGACAAGAGAGGAGCAAUUUUCUUUCAAGUCUUGUGAAUGGAAUGCAGAAAUGGUGGAGGCUCAACAACAUGUUGAGGCAGCCAUACAGGAGUUGCGUACCUCAGAAGCAGUUGAGGCUGGCCUUCGUCAAAAAGUUGAGCAACUUCACGCCAGUAUGCGUGAGGAGAGGCUAAUCAGGAGGUCUUUGCGGUCGGAGAAUACUGGUUUACACUCAGAAAACACCACACUCCGAUCAGCGAAUAAUACUCUACGCCAUCAGUUACAGAUGGAAGUUUCGAGAGUGAUGGAUAAUGUCCAUCGCCUGGCCAGGAGGGCAAUUUAUUGUAUGUAUCCUGCAAGAGAUAUUGAUGGCAUUCGCCUUCGUCAAGUGGUGGAAGAAUGUGAGACUACUUUGGAACCUGAGGAGGUGACAUCCCAAAAUAUUAAUGUCGUGGAGGAAUGCGCUGGUGCUCCUCAGUCCGGGGAAGCAGCAAGUCAGAUUUCGAAUGUAGAGAUUGAGUUCCAACGCCUCUCGCCACUUUUAGAUGCGAUUUCUGAAGCACCUCCAAUGGUUGGCACCCUAGUGCAUUCAGACUUUAAUAUCUCUACGGCAAUGUUGUUGGCUGCAACCGAGUUACUCGGCCCAGAGUUUUUUGAGAACUAAAGUUUAUGAAAUUCCAACUUGAAAUAACAUUGUAAGAUAUUA